AUGUCCGAUAGUAUGGCCCUAUACGGCUGGAAUCCAAGCAUGGGACCUUUCGGCGCCAUCAGAGAUUCCGAAGCGGCCAAGUGAGUUUAUUCCAGCACUAAACACGUGUCAACACUCAAAUUUUGCAGUGAGCCCAGUCGAGUGAAGCGAUACGGAGGCUGGGGACGGUACGGAGGACGUGGCGGAGGAUACGGAGGCGGCCGAAGAUAUUACGGAGGUGGAAGAGGAGGCGGCGGCUGGGGACGUGGCGGAGGAUGGGGAGGACGGCGGUACGGAGGAUGGGGCAAGUGA